CAGUUGCUCGAGUCCACACACCCGGCAGUCUGCUACGAUGAGUGAGGACUUCGAGACCCUCUCUGCCGCGUGGGCCGACCCGCCCGGACCCUUGACGCCCCCAUCGCUCUCUCUCACGCCGUCCGAGCGCGACCUCACGUCUUCGCUCCUGAGUCAGGAGUCCUUUGGCGAGAUCAUGUCAAUUGCUGACGCCGCAAGACUUCAGCAACGCGUGUGCGAGCUCGAGGCGCGGGAAAUGGCGCGGCAGCGUCAAACUCUGCUCCUCCUCUUUCGCACCGAAGUUGCAGAGGCCAAGGCUGACGCAGCGGCGGGUCGGCCAAACGAGAACAGCGCCACGCGGCGAGCCAGAGCCGUGCAGGCGGCCGCGCGCCGCCGGCAAGCAGUAGUGACGCUUCGCCGCGCGACCGACGCGGCUCGCACGAUGCAGCGCCUCGCGCGUGGCGGCCGAGCGCGGCGGAGAUCGUCGCAGCGCCGCACCUCCGCCAUCAGGCUGCAGGCCGCCACGCGCGAGCGUGCGCAGGUGGUUCGGUUUGCGCGCAGCUGCGCUGCGUGCGCCUUCAUCCAGCGGGCGGCGCGCGGCAUGCGCGCGCGUGCAUUCCGGCGGCAUGUCCUCGCGACUGCCGCCGCACUCCGCGCUGCCCUCUCGCAUGCACCUCCCGAGGUGGCGGAGGCUGCGAUGCGAUGCGCGCGGUGGUCCUGCGGAGGGACAGAGGUGAGCGUGCUCGAGUCGGCGGUCGCCUUUCGCGAGGAGCGCUCUCGAGUCGCGCCGCCGCCUCGAGCCGACAGCGUCGCCGGCUCCGUCGCCAGCAGCGUCGCCGAAAUCACUGGCCUCGAUCCGGCCCAGGCGGCCUCCUACCUCGAGCUUGCGGGCGGCAACCUCGAGGCACCCAGAGCGAUUCCUUCCCGCCGCCGCCUGCGGCAGCUGACAGCUGAGCGUGACCAGCUGCGCGACGCGGUGAAGACUCUGAGCGCCGAUGUGCUGUGCGCGGAGCGGGCGAGCUGCGAUGGCUACGCACCUCGCUCACGGGCGGCCUCCACCGCCGCCGCCUCUUCGGCGCCCACGCGAGACCCUUUCCUCGAGCUGCUGGGCUGGCAGUGGGACUGA